AUGAUCGGUCUGUACUCAUCACGCCCAGAAAGCCUCGAACAAUACCGAGAGAACGUGGAGAUCGAAAGCAAAACACAGCUAGACGAGGUCGAGAGAAAACUGAUUGGAGGCCUUGAAGAACUCACCGUUGACGUUGAAACGCACUUUCGCGAAUUGACAGAGAUCGAAGAGCCUUUGCAAAGACCUUUCGCUGCUGAAGCAUUGACCAAGGUCACGGACGAGAGGUCGAGUGAUGAAGUCCUGCUCACAGAUCGUAUUUCGGAGUUUCGUGCAUUGCGCGAAGAGAAAGAGGAGCUCUUGUGCAAACUAUGGAAUGAAUGGGAAGAUAUCCAAUUCGACCUGAUAAAACUUGCUGUGGAGGCCCUCGGUAAGCAGUCGAUCCUGGUCACUCAGCUCCAAGGUGGAGCCAUGAAGCCUGGCCAGCAGGAAAGACUCGAGAACACCCUCGACGCUGCUCAAAAGAUCCAUAACGAGAUACAUCACCGCCAUGCAGAACUGGAUCAAAACAUGACGGGCUUGGAAGAGACCGUGGGCCAGAUCGCGAACAGAACCAAGAAGGCGGCGACCGACAUGCAGCAACAAUACACCGUGCAAAAGAAUAAGCUAUUCAAGGGCCUCAUGCAGUCCAUUGAACAGCUUGCAGCAUUGUGA